GUUGCAUUGAGUUCAACGACUCCGAGCCUAGAAGUGGCCGGGUUUGCUUAGGCCCACUUCCGGAGAGCGGGGGUUAUGUCUAUCGGCUCGGUGACAAUUAGCCCAUCGAAAGCUAUCCAAAGCACCCUUUCCGUCAAGCACAUCGCCGAAACCCAUAAUGUUGAUCAAGGAGAGCCACGCCGAUGUACAGACGAAGGUGGAUGGGAAGGAGACCUCGAUGAGGAUUUUUCUCUUCCACCCUACCGUUCCUCAAUAUCCAAACGCACGCUUCCCUGGUGUCGUAUUAUUCAGCGAAAUUUAUCAAGUCACUGGACCGGUGGCCAGAUUUGCACGUCAGAUUGCUGGACAAGGCUACAUAGUAGCUGCGCCGUCUUCGUACCAUGACUUCACAGGCCCUGAUGCUCUUGCUUACGAUGUACCGGGAACCGAUCAAGGCAAUGAGUGGAAGGUGAAGAAGACUCUCCAAUCGUACGAUGAAGACUCAUACAAGACGGUGGACUACCUCCUCAGCCUUUCCACAUGCACUGGGCAGAUAGGCGUUACAGGCAUGUGCUUGGGUGGCCAUCUGGCCCUCCGGGCAGCGCUCGAUUCUCGGGUCAGCGCCUGCGUUACUUACUUUGCAACUGAUGUCCACAGCCGAACACUGGGCCCAUACGAGAGCGCCAACACAUCGGCUACGGCCCCUGAAAACAGCAAUCACACCAUUGACAAAUUCUCCGAGCUUAAGGGAGAGGUUGCCAUGAUCUUUGGCAUCAAGGAUACGCACGUACCUGAUGCUGGCCGCGACCUGAUCAGACAGAAGUUGCGAGAUGCUGGGGUGGUUUUCAGUUUCUACGAGUUCGCUUGGGCGCAACAUGCUUUCAUCAGGGAUGAGCUCAGUAAGGGUCGCUAUGACCCGGCCAUCACGAAGGUCUGCUUUGAAGUCCUACUGGAGCUCUUUGGACGUGCCCUGAAGACAGACCUUGGAACCAAGGACAGCAAGCCUGAGAAGAUUGAGCAUGUCUGCUAGAGCAUUCGUCUAAAGCACAUGGGAUACCGAACGAACAAGCUGCCAAGGGAGAUGGAAGCACAAAACACAAGUCCUUCUAAAUAUCUAUAACCGGGCAAGGCACGAAGACAAAGAGCAGCAUGCGACUACUCAAAUCGUAGCUUCUUGACGAUAGCCAAUUAAGUU